GAAUGGAUUGAAGAUUUUAACAAAGAAAUGAAGAAAUCAAAUCGUAAUAUUUUACUCAUCCUAGAUGGUGCCUCUUUACAUGUUAUUGGUGCUGUUACUCUAAUUAAUGUAAAAGUACUUAAGUUACCUCCAUAUGUAACAUCAAAAAUACAGCCCAUGGACGCUGGUAUUAUUGCAUCAUUUAAGACUCAUUAUCAUCGCAUGCAACUUCAACAUGCACUGGAUUUUGAUGAAGCUGGAAAACGCGACAUAUAUAAAGUCGAUCAAUUGCAGGCUAUGAGAUGGGUAAAGGUUAGUAUUAAUGUGGAAGAAAGCUUAUUUGUCGAUUCAGAUGAUGAAUUAGCCACCAUGGAGCUUCAGCAAAUGAUAGAUGCAUUAUGCAUUCGUAAUCCAAUGCCAAUUAAAGAUUU